AUGAACGAGGGCUACUUUGUUGGCCGCAAAGAGCUCACGCAGUGGAUCCGCGACAACUUCGAGCCGAGCUUCCAAAAGGCGCCUCCCGCCGCGGCGGGUGUGUUCCACGCCCGCCUCGCCCCGCCACAGAGUCUGUCCUCCCGCCCUUCGCAGGUCGAGGACCUCGCCAGCGGCGUCGUCUACUGCCAGAUCCUCAACACCGUCCACCCAGGGUCGGUGCAGAUGUCCAAGGUCAAGAUGGCUGCAAAGACAGAGGUGGACUACCUCCACAACUUCAAGUGCCUCCAGGCAGGAUUCAACCGGAAGAAGAUCAGCCAGCGCAUCGAGGUGGAGAAGCUGACCAAGCGCUCCUUCCAGUUCAACAUGGAGUUUGUGCAAUUCAUGAAGUGCUACGCCGACAUGCACCUGGGCUCCGCCACCGCCCCUCCACCCUCGGCAGAGGCCAAGGAGAACUCGCUCCCCAGCCGGCCGGCUGCCGCGCCCGCGCCCACGCCCGCCGCAAAGCGCGCCCCUCCUCCGCGCGACGUCGUCUCGUCCGGCGCGCGCCGCGUGGGCGCCGGAGCCGGCCAGCAGGCGGGCAAGGCCGCCGCAGCGCCGCAGCAGGCGGGCAAGGCCGCCGCAGCGCCGCCGCAGCCGCCGGCAUCGGCCGGCCCGUCACCAUGCGAGGUGGAGGCGGCGGCGGAGGCGGCGGAGGCGGCAGCGGCGGAGCUGUGCAAGGCUCGAGAGGAGCACUCCCGAGAGGCAGCGGAGCUGCGGGUGGCGGUCGAGAACCUGGAGCGCGAGCGCGACUUUUACUUUGGGAAGCUGCGCGAGGUCGAGGUGCUGUGCCAGACCAAGGAGGCAUCCUCGCCGCUCGGCGAGAAGGAGACGGUGCUCUCCAUCCUCUACAAGACGGACGAGAGCGAGGAGUUCCAGCCGCCGCCCGCCGAGCCGCAGUGA